AUGGCGCAGAAAGAUUGCCUACAGUGAAGAGGAUGGAUGGGCGCAGGGCAAUAUGGGUGAGCCUGCCACUCCUGCUGUGGCAUUUUGGAGUGGUGAUGGGAUGUGGCAAACUCAUGCCCUUUGGAAAUAUGACCCAUGACCAUGAUCUGGAAGUGGGCUCCAAUCUGACCGUGCAGUGCCAUCUAUUUAAGGACGAAAUCGAGCUCAACCACACGAAAUAUGCGGUCGGUGCGGAAAACCUGCUCCUGAAGUUUGAGAACUCCUAUCUGGAUGCUGUUAGGAUCGUGGACAAUCUCACGGUGGAGUAUUUUGUGCCGAAUGCCACCUUGAACGACAGCGGCCUCUACAAAUGCUACCUGGAUAUUCCGGAAAUGAGCGCCAACCUCCUGGUCUGCCUGUCCAAUAUCGCUGUAGGAUAUCCACCUUUGGACGUGACAUCUUUUUCCUGCAUAAGCGACGACUUCCGCAACCUGACUUGUUCCUGGGAAAAGCCAUUCAAUCCCGUGAACACGGACUAUACUCUCAACGACCUUCUACGUGGUCUAAUCCUUCGCAAAUGUCCCGAGGUGUUGAAUAAGACCAGCUGCCAGUAUCGCAAGGACACUGCACCUCCGUACCUGCUGAGUCCCACAAAACUGCACUUUCGUCUGGACGGAAAUAAUUCCUUGGGUAAGAACUACCAGACAAUCCAAGUUGAUCACUACAAAAUUGUGAAACCCGGCAUGCCUCGGAUCCUACCGAUUUUCAACGCAACAGCAAGGAGCAUCCUCCUUAAAUGGAGGCCCUCAAAGAACUUGGACUAUGAGUCCUUUCCCCCGGGACUAAUGUACAGUGUACAGUAUUAUCCUGCUCUAUAUCCAGGCAACAUUCAGGAAGUUAUUUUGCGCUUCAAGGAAAACGGAAGUCUGCUUUUGGAGGACCUGAUUCCGCACACGGAUUACGUGUUCAAAGUCCGUUGCCGUUCUCCGUAUUCGGAGGGAGAGCACAUGUGGAGUCCGACUGCAAUUGCACCAGCAGGGACCUUGGCUGAUGUUCCCUACCUCGCUCCUGAGAUUGCAAGUUCUUCGUUUGAUGUCGAGACCAUUCUAGGUAACAGGACUAUCACUUUAUAUUGGAGAGGUGUGCCUCCCCAGUUCGAGAAUGGGAGAGAUUUCCACUACACCAUAGAGUACCACUUGUAUCACGUUCCAUCGAGAGUGGUGCGGGAGAUGUCUGCCAUCAAUGUGGGCAAGAACACGUUCCACAGUUUCAGUCACUUGGAUGCUCAGUCGGCCUACUUUUUCAGGAUAUCGGCAGUCAACGAGAUGGGACCUUCUUACAAUACUUCGGAGAUCAUCGUUGACAAAGCCGAGAAAUUACUGGAGGGACCCAGAGACAUUGUGGUACUCUCUCACGGAAACGGAACUUACGAGGUUUCCUGGAAGAUGUCCAACCGCCGUCCAAUGAACUACACGGUGUUCUGGUGCCAGAGUCUGAAGCCCAGGCCCGUCAAGUGCAACGGAGCUCUGUCCUGGCUGCACACCCUCAAGCAACAGGUGGAACUCCAGCUUCCGGACAAGAGCAACUACCAGUUCGCCGUGUCUGCCAACGAUGAGCGAAAGUCUUCUGGAAUGUACUGGGCCUCUUGCAUCGUCGCUCUCAAUGUUCGCUACAAAUUGAAGAGGGUGGAGUUGACUCCCAAGAAUUCUACGAGUCUGCGCAUCCAGUGGUCUCUCGACUGUGACGCUCAGAGAGUGAUCAUUGAGGAAUAUGCCAUCCAUUAUUGUGAGGCCCAGGGUACUUGCUGUGGGAACCCCAAUGUGGAGGCCUGCCCUGACUGGAAGACGGUGCAUGUUAACGAUACAUCCGUAGAGGAGUACAUCCUGGGAGGACUGAAGCCCUUCACUUUCUACACGGCUUUUGUUCGUGCCUACACCAGGACCGGUUGGAGCGAAAACAGCAACGUGGCAAAAGAAGCCACCAUGUCUGCAGCCCCGAGCGAUUCCCCCAGAGAGGUGGAAGUCCUGGACAUCAACCACAAGAAGAUCACCAUCUCCUUUCGCCCCCCAUCCACCCCCAACGGCCACAUCACCAAGUACGUGGUACACUACGACCGCUCCCCCUCCGAAGAGUACCGCCUGGAGGUACCGGUGCAGGAGGGGAGGGAGGUGUACCGGGUGUCCAUCUCCAAGUCCGUCUUCUACUUCUCCAAUUAUUCCAUCCAGGUGAAGGCCUGUGUGGGCCUGGCCUGCUCUCGGCUCUCGCAGCCCGUCUAUGCGUUCACGGGAAUAUCGUAUCCGGGUUCAGUGAGUGCCCCUCGCGUGGAAGUGAUGCAGUCGUACCUCAACAUCUCCUGGGACCCUCCCCGGUCCCCCAACGGGCCGAUCGACUUCUACCAGGUGUGGAAGGAGAGCAACGAUUCCGACCGAUCGGAGGUCUUCAACGUGACCGACAAGAACGCCCACCUGAGGCUGGACCAGGAGUGUGGGGAGAAGGACGACCAGAGGGUCUACUUCUUCAGGAUUAGGGCGGCCAAUGUGGACGGCAGGGGGUCGGUCCUCUACGGGGAAUACAGCGCCCCCACCAAGACAACACUCUGUCCAUCAGAUCGGGCUAUUGGUCUCGUCAUUGGGAUUGCAGCAGGAUGUGCCCUAGGCCUGGUGGUGAUGAUCUUUGUCAUCUACUAUUUGUAUAACUGUGUUAAAAAAGAAGUUGCCAUGAUCAAAGGAAUUAACGUACAGCUUCCUAAAGGACUAGAAUCUCCCAUUGAGAAUCCGCUGAGUUCCUACGACAAGUUCAAGAAUGGUCUCCAGAAGAAUCAUGACUCGGGCACUCCCUAUGACAGGGCCUACGAGAGGCUGUGUUCCUUCGCUUCCGAGGGCAAGGGCACAGAGUCCCUGAUUCCAGACAUGAAAGACGCCAAGAACCCAUUCGUGGGAGGAGAGGACUCUCAAAGGCUGAAAGGUCGUUGCAGCAGCAGAAACAACAGUGGUGAUAGUAAUAAUUCUGGAAAAGGACACGACAGCAUUUCCUCUUCAAACACCACCAAAACCCAUGUGUCCAUCGAUUCCGGCACAGAAGUGGACUCUCCUCCUUCGCCUGAUGGUUUCUUCUCCGAAAGCAGCUCCUCCAAUACCACCCCACGCUCCUACAAACCAGACUUGGCAGUAGUGAUGGAAGGUAAGGGCUCUAUGAGCAGGGAUUCUGGUCUGGAGAAAGAAGGCGCUGUUCCAAAAUUUGCCUGGUAUGUGAAGAAGAAAUGCGAUGGACGCAUGCCGUCGUACAGCAAGUUUGCCAUCGUGAACCCCACCAUGCCGUCUUUUAUGCCAUAUGGGGACCAAAGUGGAGGAAUUAAGGAUAGCUAUUCAUUAUCAAACAGUGAACCAUCGAUGGCCGACUUUGACAUGGGCAACGGUACCGAGCCUCCCGUUCUUCAGGGAAUACAACCGUAUAGCAAAUUUGGCCUGGCCAGAAGUGCCGGAAACGGGCUCAAUGCCUUCAAUCAGCCCAUAGCCAUCAACUCAAAUGUCGGCUAUUCAAAAUUUGGAAUCGUUUACAGGGCACUAAAGUGUCCAGAAAUCGACAUGGACGACAACCCUGCCAGAAUAUUCUGUCCCGGUGGAUCAAAGUUUAUGGUUGAGAGUCCAAAGGCCAUGGCCGCACUGACCUGUCAGAGUAAUCCGUUUCCUUUCGGUUUGACGAAUUUCAAGCCUGCUGCCUUUGAGAAUAACCCCAUUUGGGGUGCAUCAUCAUUAGAAAAGAAACAAAUUCCUCUUAAAGCAAACCAUGUACUUCCUGUAGAAAUGCCUGGUGAUGCAUAUUCUAAGUUUGGAAUUGGUGCCCCAUUCACAAAUGUAGAUCAGCCCUCCAGUGGAUACAUAAGUUUCAAUGAUACCUUAAAAAACACAGCUGUCACGUGUGAAAGCAAUCGGCAUUUUGACAAUUACUCUAAAAUUGGGGUAGCUGAAGAACCAAACAAGGGUGAAAUGGUGCAUGACGAUCAAAUUGAUACUUCAAACAGACCGAUGGAAAAUGGAGCGACGACGAAUGCUAUAACAAUGCCACAAGUCUCUCGUCCAAGUCAAAAAUCAUAUGUUCCAUUUCAAAGUGCCAUGGCCAUGAAUCAUCAAAACGAUCAAUUAUGGAAUGGACUUGAUGGAAAAGCUUGUAAUGGUGCUCUAGGAAGCAAGGAGGAAACUGAUGCUGAAGAUUCUCCUUCUAUUCUGCAAAAAAUAGCAUCUGAUCCUCGCUUCCUUUUUAAUCAGACUACCUCUGAACAUGAACUCAAAACAGUACCUGAAGCAGCUCAAGCGAACGUCGGCAUCAUUGCCGAUACAAUUGGCAAUCAUUCAAUAGAUCCGGCCUCUCUUUUGGAUCCAGAUUCGGCGGAUCUUCUAGAAGUUGUCAACACGACGGGAGAUUCGUCGAAGUCCGAUGAAACGUGUUCUAGUGGUGAUAGUGACGAGACAUUGCCUAAAAUUUUGGACACACUUAUCCAACCAGUUGCAAUAUCCGAGUGUGUGAAUGACCUUGUUCAACAAGACUUUGCUCAAUCUGUGCAGAACGAUGAGUCUGGAGAGGACUCCCUCGAGAGUCUCGAAUGUGACUCCCAAAAACUUCCUGAUCAUCCAUCUUUUAACGAUAAUCAUAUCACUCACAGCAGAUCAUCAGUACCUCAAAAAAACUCUGAAAGCCAUCUAUCUGCCAUCAAUAUUCCCGAUGUCUCGGAGGGCGGCAGGAAGAACUCUGAAAGCCAUCCAUCUGCCAUCAAUCUCAAAGAAUCAGAGGACGGCAGGACUUCCGUCCGAAACGGCAAAUCGAAGACAAAUGGAUACGUCCCAUUGAGCGAGUUGACGACAUUCACGUCGUUGCAAGUAGAAACAGUCUGAUAGAACAAUACUUUUUAUAUAGAAGUAGCUGGAGUACAUGGAAGCAUGGUUAUGUUUCUAUGCAUCAAAUCUUUACGACUUAUUUUUGUGUACAUGAGUUGAGUUUAUUAUAUGUAUACAGGCUUAUAUAUAAAUACAGAGAAAAAUCAUGUAAGAUGUUCUGCUAUGCCGAAGAUGGCUCGGCCAAAUUUUGUACAGUAUGAAAAUUGUUUCAUAAUAUAAAAGAAUCUCCUUUUGUUGAAUGAUAUAAAAUUUUAAUGAAGUUCAUGAGAGAAGGAAAAAAAAAUCUGGAGCUAUGUUUCAUAAGUUCAAAUGUUGCUGUAGCUUUUUUACCAAAAAUUGAAUGGUUCUACUUUUAGAUCAAAAUUUUCAAUAAGAUUUAAUCUUUCACAAGUAAGUAACUUAUUUCUGUUGAUAAUGUGAAAAGUAUUGCUUCAGAAUGGCAUCAGUAUAUUCUUUAAAGUAAUUUUUGUCGUCUAUAAUUUAGAAGUCAGGUUUAAAUUUCACUUUAAAUUAGACUCGCUUUAUAAGUAGGGACUAAUUUAGUUGACUAAUAUUAUUUAGUCCUUUCUUUAAAAAAUAGUCAAAAAAGAAAAGAAAA